AAAAUUCAGCCAAGAAUUUGUACCCAGCGGUGAAAGUGCGCGAGGUGUCUCUCAGUUGUAAAUCCAGUAACGGUGCGCUCGAGGCGUCGAUAAGUCAAGUCAUCCUUAAAUACCGAUCGCCUGCGGGACCUGCGUGUGUGUGUGUGUGUGUGUAUGUGUGAUCUUUUCUUCCUCCCUUCUCGUCACGCGAGAUUAAACGAGGUGAAGGGAAUGAAUAGCUGGAGGGACAGACGGGUGAAGUAGCAGCGCGCGCAAGCUGUAUGAGCAACACACGCGCUUCAACACAACCACCCACACCUUUAACACUGAGGAGGAGGUGGAGAGCGCGAGCUCCGGACAAGCAGCUGUGGCGCGUGCGGGGGUUCUGAAGAAGAAAAAAAACGACAGUUAGUUUUUAAAUUUAGUUUUGAAAUUUAAAUUCUGGAAUUCUACUGUGACCGUUAAGGAACCGUCGUUAUUUGUAAAAGCGGUUUGUAUGAAAGGUCAUUAGGGCCAGUAGGUCAUCUGGUUGGUGGGCAUCAGGUCUGGGAUCCUGUGGAACCAAGAAAGUUGGGCAGCUCUUGCCCCACACUAGCUGAGAGAAUGCAGGUGAGGGGCAUAAGGGCACUAAGUCCACUUCUUCUCCUGGCAUUAACAUCACUGUUCAUCAAACCAACACAUGGACAAGUGCCUGCUCCCAGAAGAUUGCGUUUUAAAGAGCUAGGCUCAGGCAAGCUCAGUGUGUCCUGGAAGGAACCGAAAGGAGAGUUUGACAGCUACAGAUUCACCUACAGCUCUGGUCCAGGAGAACAAGAGCGAAUUGUGCAGGUGUUGAAGCAAGAUGCCAAAGCUGUGAUCACAGACUUUGAUAGCAGAAAAGAGUACAGCUUCAAAGUUUACACCGUCAGCAGCAAUCAGUUGAGUAAACCACUCAUGGGGACAUAUAAAGCUUCAAGGUCAGAGGUGAGUGACCGUGACCCACUGACUCCCAGUGUAAAGCCUGACAGCGAGCCUGAGCAGGGAAAUGAGAUCAUCGAAGAUAUUUUAUUUACGUGUAAAACUCCAUCCAUAGCUGAUAUUGUGAUUCUGGUGGAUGGCUCUUGGAGUAUAGGGCGCUUUAAUUUUCGCCUGGUGCGUUCGUUUCUGGAGAACCUGGUGACAGCAUUCUCCAUCAGCUUGGACCAGACACGUAUCGGAUUGGCUCAGUAUAGUGGUGAUCCAAGAAUUGAGUGGCACCUCAACACACACUCCACAAAAGAAGAGGUCAUCAACGCUGUGAAGAAUUUGCCAUAUAAGGGAGGAAACACGCUUACAGGUCUAGCCCUGAUGCACAUUCUUGAAAACAGCUUUAAGCCUGAGUCUGGAUCCAGGACAGAUGUUCCAAAAAUUGGAAUCCUAAUCACGGAUGGGAAAUCUCAGGAUGAUGUCAUCGGCCCCGCCCAGAGUCUCAGAGAUGCAGGAAUAGAGCUGUUUGCCAUUGGUGUGAAGAACGCUGAUGAAAAUGAGCUGAGGAUGAUUGCAUCUCCUCCAGAAGAGACCCACGUGUAUAAUGUGGCUGACUUUAAUUUCAUGAGCUCAAUAGUGGAGGGUUUGACCAGAACCGUGUGUCAGCGUGUGGAUUAUCUCAACAGAGAGAUCAAGGGUGAAUCCACGUCCAAUAUAAUUCCAGAUGCACCCAGUGACCUUGUGACCUCUGAGGUCACAGCUAGGAGUUUCCGUGUCUCCUGGACCCAUGCUCCUGGAACAGUGGAGAAGUAUAGAGUGGUGUACCAUGCUUCCAGAGGUGGUAAACCAGAGGAGGUGGUGGUGAACGGUGAUCAGAACUCUGUAAUCCUCCAACAUCUGAACUCUGUGACUGAGUACCAAGUGGCCGUCUUUGCUGUCUACAGUAACUCUGCCAGUGAAGGUCUGAGAGGCAGCGAAACCACAUUGGCCUUGCCCAUGGUGGAUAACCUGUAUCUGUAUGACAUCACGCACAAUAGCAUGCGGGUGCGAUGGGUCCCUGCAGAAGGGGCUUCUGGGUACAUGAUCCUGUAUGCCCCACUGAGUGAUCAAGGCUCAUCGGAUGAGAAGGAGGUUAAAAUAUCAGAGAGUGUAACUGAGAUCGAGCUAGAUAGUCUGACUCCUGCAACCGAGUACACAGUCACAGUCUAUGCCAUGUAUGGAGAUGAAGCCAGUGACCCCCAGACAGGGCAGGAGACCACACUUUCUCUCAGUCCAGCACGAGACCUACGCAUCACUGACGUGACUCACAACUCAGCUAAGCUCAGCUGGGUAGCCGCGUCUCGUAAAGUGAAAGGCUACCGCAUCAUGUAUGUGAAAACGGACGGAGAUCAGACCAAUGAGGUUGAAGUCGGUCGAGUCACCACAAAGUUGCUAAGUGACCUCACCUCUUUGACAGAGUACACAGUGGCUAUCUACGCCAUCUACGAUGAGGGACAAGCCGAUCCCCUGACAGAGAGCUUUACAACUAGGAGUGUUCCUGUCCCUGUGAGUGUGAGGAGCAGUGAUGUGACCACAGAUAGUCUCAGAGUGAACUGGCAGCAUGCAGCGUCUGACAUUUCCCUCUACAAACUCACCUGGAAGCCAGUCAGAGGAGGAGACACCAGAGAGAUGGUGAUUGGGGGGAAUCUAAAUUCCUAUGUGAUUUUGGGUCUGAAGCCACAAACUGAGUAUGAGGUCGCUCUCACAGCCAUCUACAAAGACAAAGCUGAGAGUGAGACAGUCAUGCUCAGUGAAACUACAGUUGCUAGAACAACAACGGCGGCGACUACCACCACAACUACAGCAGUGGCUAAGAUGGGAGUGCGGGGUCUGCAGCUGAGCGACUUUACUACAUUCAGCAUGUUAGCGUCGUGGGAACUGCUCGGUUCAAAUGUGUAUCAGUAUAGAAUAUCCUACAUUUCAACACGUGGUGACAGAGCUGAACAAGCGAUCAUGGUUCCUGGAAAUCAGAACUCUGUGGCGUUGCAGCCGUUGAUGUCAGACACAGAAUACAGAGUGAGUGUGACAGCUGUUUAUGCAGACGGAGACGGACCAGCCAGUACACGCUCCGCUCGCACACUGCCUCUUCUUGCUCCUAAGAACCUGAAAGUGUCAGAAGAAUGGUUCAAUCGCUUCCGCAUCACCUGGGACACCCCGCCAUCUCCCACUAUGGGAUACAGAGUAAUCUACCAGCCCAUCUCAGUACCAGGCCGGGCUCUGGAGACAUUCGUUGGUGAUGAUGUAAACACCAUGUUGAUCUUAAACCUGUUGAGUGGGACAGAAUACAGUGUAAAGGUCAUUGCCACGUACACCACGGGCUCCAGCGACGCUCUCACUGGCAAAGCCAAAACACUGUACCUGGGCGUAACAAAUCUGAACACCUAUCAGGUACGAGUGAACAGUAUGUGUGCUCAGUGGCAUGCUCAUUCUCACGCCACCCGGUACCGUGUGACCAUCGAGUCCCUGCUCAAUGGCCAGAAGCAGGAAGUGAGCUUGGAUGGCUCUGACAACAAGCAUUGCUUUAGCGACCUGAAUCCAAACACGCAAUACAAAAUCAGUGUUUAUGCUCUGCUACAGGAGCUGGAGGGGCCUGCUGUCACUACUAUACAGAAAACACUCCCGGUGCCCACCAUUCCUCCCACCAGGCCUCCCACCACCACGCCGAUCCCCACCAUCCCUGUCGCUAAGGAGGUUUGCAAGGCCGCAAAGGCAGAUCUUGUGUUUUUGGUUGACGGCUCAUGGAGCAUCGGCGAUGACAACUUCCUAAAAAUCAUCCGUUUCCUGUACAGCACAGCGGGAGCGCUGGAUGAAAUUGGACCUGGAGGCACACAGGUAGCCAUAGCCCAGUUCAGUGACGAUGCUCGCACCGAGUUUAAGCUCAACUCAUAUGACAACAAAGAGAGUCUCCUGGAUGCUAUUCAGAGGAUUUCAUAUAAAGGAGGCAACACUAAAACAGGUAGAGCCAUGCAGCAUGUGAAGGAUGCAGUCUUCACCAGGGCCGGAGGAACCAGGAGGGGCGUACCAAAAGUGCUAGUCGUGCUAACGGACGGUCGUUCCCAAGACGACGUCAACAAAAUCUCCCAGGAGAUACAGAUGGAAGGUUACAUCGUGUUUGCAAUCGGUUUUGCCGACGCCGACUACGGAGAGCUGGUGAGCAUCGCCAGCAAGCCCAGCGAGAGGCACGUGUUCUUUGUGGACGACCUCGACGCUUUUCGAAAGAUCGAAGAGAAACUCAUUACGUUUGUCUGUGAGGCUGCGACGGCGACUUGUCCUUCUGUAGCAAUGAGCGGCAGCACGUUACCAGGAUUUAGAAUGAUGGAAAUGUUUGGACUGGUGGAGAAUCUGUACAGCAACGUGGCAGGUGUUUCCAUGGAGCCAGGAACCUUUAACAGCUUUAGUAGCUACAGAAUUAGCAGUGAUGCCCUGCUGGCACAACCCACGAGGUUUAUCCACCCAGAGGGUCUGCCAUCUGAUUACACAAUCACUGUGGUGUUCCGCCUACUGCCCCAAACCCCCGAGGAGCCCUUUGCAUUAUGGGAAAUUCUCAAUAAAGAAAAGGAACCCUUAGUGGGUGUCAUCCUAGAUAACGCAGGGAAGACCCUGACAUUCUUCAAUAACGACUACAGGGGAGAUUUUCAGACUGUAACAUUUGAGGGUCCUGAGAUUAAAAGACUCUUCUAUGGCAGUUUCCACAAGUUGCAUAUAGCAGUGAGUAAAACAUUGGCACAAGUGCUGGUGGACUGUAAACUGACUGGAGAGAAGCCCAUUAAUGCUGCUGGGAACAUCACCACUGACGGCAUGGAGGUUUUGGGGAGAAUGGUCCGAUCCCGGGGAGACAGGGACAACUCUGCACCGUUUCAGCUCCAGUCAUUUGAUAUUGUGUGUAGUACAUCUUGGGCUCGUCGAGACAAGUGCUGCGAUCUUCCCAGUCAGAGGAAGGAGGCAGAUUGUCCUGCACUGCCUCGAGCGUGUACAUGCACUCAGGACAGUAAAGGCCCUCCUGGUCCACCAGGACCACAGGGCGGUCCUGGUAUUAGAGGAACAAGAGGAGAUCGAGGAGAGCCUGGCCCUGUGGGUCCAGUGGGUCCACUUGGAGAAUCAGGAGUACCAGGACCUCAGGGCCCUCCUGGCCCCCAGGGGCUCAGCGGCCGAUCCAUCAGAGGCCCUCCAGGUGGUCCGGGUGAAAAAGGGGAAAAAGGUGACGCAGGACUUCGAGGUACCCAGGGUAUCCCAGGAAACUCAGGAAGCACGGGGAGGGACGGUCCUCCUGGACCCAGAGGUUUGCCGGGUAACGACGGGCCACAGGGCAGAGCGGGACCUCCGGGAAAUAUCGGAGGACCAGGAGCUCCAGGGGCCCCGGGACCGAAUGGCCCUCCAGGAUCCACUGGCGAUCAGGGACCCCGAGGCCUUCCAGGUUCGAAAGGAGACAAGGGAGAACGAGGGGAUGCACAGUCCACUUCUUCAGUCCAAGCCAUUGCCAGACAAGUGUGUGAGCAGCUCAUACAGACUCACAUGGCUCGUUAUAACUCCAUCCUGAAUCACAUUCCGAGGCAGCAGCCGGUCUCUGUUCGUACUGUCCCCGGGCCUCCAGGUGAACCCGGUCGAGCCGGACCUCCAGGACAACAAGGAGAGCAGGGUCCCCCUGGACGUCCCGGAUUUCCAGGAACCAACGGAGAAAACGGCGAGCCUGGAGUCAGAGGUCUCCCAGGUGAAAAAGGAGAGAAGGGAAGCCAAGGUGUUGGUGUCCAGGGUCCCAGGGGACCUUCAGGACCUCCAGGACCUCCUGGUGAGGGCAGAAGUGGUAGCCCUGGUCCAUCUGGUCGCCCUGGUAACCCUGGUGGUUCCGGGAGACCAGGCAUUCCUGGACCAGUGGGACCACCCGGACCCCCAGGAUACUGUGAUCCAAACUCCUGCGGAAUGAGGUUCUUUCAUCAUGAAGUGACUGACAGAGAUGUUCCCGUAGCCCCAAUGCAGCCCAACCCCUACCAAACAUACGGUACCGAUGAGGUGGAGGGAGCGGAGGAGGAUCCGUACGCCGGCUACGGCACGCAUCACUCCUACUACCAACCUAGUUACCCCGAGCCACACCCAGUCGGGCCUGAGGAACCCAUCGCAAUCGUUGAUGUAGAGGAAGAACUGCGAUCUCCAGGCAUCCAGCGUCUCACGCGCAGCACAGAAGAACAGGAGCAUAACAGAGAGACGAGGACGAGCGCUCACUUCUGAUCAACACCGACUACAAUCCAGUUCUAAAACCUUUUGACACAAAAUGAAGUCCCAUUUUACAGAUCACAGGAACGACAAAAAACACUACGCUAUCUCAGAACGUCUAUUUAAGUAUAGUGGCACGUGCAUUUCCAAUUUUUUUGUUUGUUUGUUUUCACAUGAUGUACAAAGCAAAAAAUGACAUCACAGUAAGUUGAAAUAUCUUAAAUCUUGUCUAAAAAUGUAUCUACUAUUUCUUGACAUAAGAUUACACCACAUAAGAUUAUUAAACCGAUUUAUAGACACGUUUACCAAUAUUUAAACAUUAUAUUUUUUUUAUUCUAUUGGCAGAACAUUUUGCGCCUUUCUUGAAAUGAACACAUAAAAAAAAUCAGAAACAUUAUUAUACAACAUUAUACAUUAUAAGUAGUAAAAUAUUAUCUUACAUUUGGAUUAUUGAAUGCGAUCAGUUUGACUUGAUUCAAGAUAUUUUAACACACGAACAUGUUUUUUUUGCAGGAUCGUUUUUUUUUCACCCAAUUUGUUAAAUAAUAGUUUAUUUUUCUAAUUAAACAUAAUGUACUAAAUGUUUCCCCUUUAACUAAUUAACAUGGAGCGAGACUGUAGAACUGUGAAACGGGACGAGAACUCUGGAUGUGCCGAGCAGAAGUACGUAAACUUCAUCAGUGUCUAAGAACAUAAUGUGGGAACUUACAGGAAAUGAUCUAAGAAGAAGGAUAAACUUCAGACGUGGUCUUUCUACCAAAAUUACUCCUUUUUUUUCAGAGCUGAAUUACAAAGGGAACUCCAUUAUGUUACACCCUGUGUAGUGACUGUGUAUACAAUGUAUUAUGUAACAUUUCUGGACAGUAUAUAAUAAUAUAUAAAUUAUAUUCUGUAAAUGCAAUUUCUGACCCGUAUCAGCACAAUCACACAAAUAUUUUAGACAUAAAUAGGUUAAAUAUAAUCAGACUUAAGUCACUUUUAACACUUGAGUGAUAUAAAAUGAACAGAAUUAACCUUCUUCUUGUAUCAAAAGACACGAUUGGAUAAAUCCAGUCCUUGACUGAUUUAGAUAACGGUUUGUCUCACGGUUUCCAUUCAGUGAAUAAAAAGUUCAGGUGUGCCGUUCA